CGCAGAGCUCUGGUUGACGGUUGGGACUCCAUUUUGUUCGCCGCUCGUCUGCUCGGCGGUCGCUCGUCUCCGUGGCGUCUCCCUAGGCGGAAAGUUGUGCAGCGGCGGAAGUUUUGAGGACUCGGCCGGAGCUCGGUUCCUGAGUGUCCCGCAGACGAGCAGAGCGGCGGAGAUGCGGCCCCUGGACGCGGUGGAGCUGGCGGAGCCCGAGGAGGUGGAGGUGCUGGAGCCCGAGGAGGACUUCGAGCAGUUUCUGCUGCCCGUCAUCCACGAGAUGCGCGAGGACAUCGCGUCGCUGACGCGCGAGCGCGGGCGCGCGCCCGCGCGCAACCGGGGCAAGCUGUGGGAGAUGGACAAUAUGCUGAUCCAGAUCAAGACGCAGGUGGAGGCCUCCGAGGAGAGCGCGCUCAACCACCUGCAGGGCGCGGGAGGCGCCGAGCCCCGCGGCCCCAGGGCGGAGAAGGCCGAGGAGAAGGCGCAGGAGAUGGCGAAGAUGGCCGAGAUGCUGGUGCAGCUGGUGCGGCGGAUAGAGAAGAGCGAGUCGUCGUGAGCGGGCCGCGGCGGUUUCCAGCCAAUGGAUUCUGGUCGAGUGAUGGCGAUUGGCUGACAUGACACCCUGGAGAAGCUGAAACCAGAGAGCCUUUUGUUUUCCCUUUUUUCUUUUCUUUUUUUCUUUCCCCCCACCCUCUGUCUUCACUCUGUUCUCACUGACACUACGUUUCUGCUACGGUCUGCGGUUGACGACCUCGAUAUGAGUUUUUGAUUAUUCAGUGGUUCUUUUUUUUAUGUUUGUUUGGGGGAAAUAACUUUGAUUUGGAAAAUGCGCUCACAUACGGGAAUUAGGGCCUAGAUUGUAAGCCCUUGUGGCAGUCGAAUGACGAUCGUUCCAGGGCUUUGGUGGUUGUUCAUGAAUUUUGAGGUGGUUUGCUCUUUCUUGGGUGGCCUGAUAGCUCCCUGGAACUUUGGGUCCCUGUGACACUUUGAGACUCGAGUUGGAGCUCACCGGCUCUGGAAGUUCUGAAGGAGCUGCAUUAAUUCUAGAAGACCACUCCGUGCAGCGAUGGCAGAAGAAGGGACCAGACUUCAUCUGGGUAU